ACCACCGACCCUGACCACGACCACAAACACACAACACACAACCACACAAUCCAACUUCCAUCCAUUCACCUUGCCUGUUUAGUUCUCGUUUCUCCUUGCCCUGGUCAUCCUUCCAAAGGUACUGCAGCAGUGCAGCCAUUCACUUUGUUCCUUGCAGCCGGCCAUUUCUCGUCUUCUCAUACUAUCAUCUAUUCCAGUUCAUUCGCAGCCUGGCCAGCCCAUCCUUUUGUCUCGUCUGCCUUGUGCGCUGUCCACUCUGCCAGCAUCCACUCCUUCGCAUUUUGCCCCGACUUCGACAUCAACAUCAACAUCAACACCCCUCGUGCGACUUUGAUCUCAUUUCCUCAAUUUACCUCGUGUACCUUCUCCUUUCGCGAGUUUCGACAUCUCCCCAGUCAAGCGCCUCAUCUUGCGCAACUGCAUCUGCCCCGGCUUGGGCUUCCAGCGUACCCCCUGAGCCCCAAUACGACUGCCUUUCUACGCCCUCCAACUAAAUUUACACCUUUGCCAGACCGCAAACACUUCACAGACUCACUGCUCCUUUAUCUCCGCAGUCCGCUAAUUCUACCCUUCGCCAAUCUCUCCCGCGACAGAUCACAUCAAACCCUUUCCGCAGCCAUCCCGCUUCGUUCAAUCUGCUCUCCAACUGUAAUGAGGACCGGCUAGGACCCUCGAUCGAUCCCUCUCGAGACCACCUGAAAGGAUGCCCUUCUUCUCAAAAGUUUUCAAAAGCAGGGAUGUCGGCGUUAAGAAAUCCACUGUGCCCUUGGCCAAGGGAGACUCGCAGAAAAUACCCCAAUGGUCCGAUGCCUGGAUUAGGACGAGGAUCGACCCAGAAGAGGUUGUCGAGUUGUUGCAUUUGUGCACCGUGGAAUUAAAGUCAAGGGCGUUGGACGUUCCCUUCCUUCUCCUUCCCUUUAGGCCCUCCUCAGACCCCUCCGCCGCCAGGACUUUUGUGCGCAAUUUCUUCGUUCCCCCACAAGAUCGAGAGCAGUUACAAGGAACUCUUCUGGAAAAUGAAUUGAGGAUGACAGAAGUCAUGGUCUUGAUCAGUGUCAUGAAAUGGUGUUGGGCACGACUUCCAGGAGGUAUUGUCACCUGGGAAGUCUACGAGGCUUUCAGGGUUGGAGAAAAAGACUCGAAUUUUGCCCGCGAUGCUUUCAGCACUUUCAUCCCUCUGAGCACAGAUUCGCCUGCCCGUGUCCAGAUCAUUCAGGACUUUUUCGACCUGCUCGCUGCCGUAGCAGCACACGGUAAAGCCAAUGGCCUUGGCGGUCAUAAACUUUCAAGAUUUGCCGGCUGGUGGGCAUUUGACCACUAUGACGAUGGGCAGGGCUUCGAAUCGGGAUACAAAUCCUGGUCAAGUGCCGCCGAUGCCUCCUCGCACUUGUUCUUCGCCUACCUGAGGUCACUCUCUGGGGGACCAACACAGUCUGGCAUAAUGACAUUGCCUCGCUCCCUUCAGCAGUUGCUGGAUGCCACAAUCUAUCCUCCAAAAAGUGCUCUUCUCUCAUAUCACACAACAAAGGUCGUUAUGAUUGUCGAUGUUGUGUCUCCUACUCCAUAUGCCUUGUUACGAAGGACCAAACACUUUGAGUACCGCGACGAUGAUCGCGCCUUGCAGCAGUUUUCAGAUUUCGAUGACCCUGUCGCGGCCUUGACGGACGAAUGUAGGCGGGUCUUGAAAUCCAUUUCUUCCGCUAAUCAAUCGCACGUCUCAAACUCCAAGACUUCAACCAGCCUGACAGACCCUUCUUGGUCUAGAUUCGAAGAUAUCGGCUUUUCAAGCUCGUUGACUGACGAGGAUGAUGAAGAUGGUGACGGGUUACUUGGACGCAGACCCAUCGUCAGCAAAGCACCACGCAAAUCUAAUACAGGGGGGUUUCAAGACCUGGCACGCCCAACAACGCCAUCGUGGGCCGACUUCUUGUCUUCUGGAUUUGCCGAUGAGAAUGGCUCCAAAGCUCAACCACCCAUUCUGUUGCCCCCUGACAAAAUUCUCCCUCCUAUCGAUUCCAUCAUGCCCAGGGGACAGAGUUCUCAGUCUCACCGACGCAAUCUGGAUACUCAGGCAAACCUGGAUCCCGGUGAACUUGCAAGCAUCACACAGAUUGACAUGGACGAUGCAUUUUGGUGGGUAUGGAUCAGUAGCUUGGCCCCGGAAGAAGUCACGAGUAGAAAGGCUGUAUUUGGCCGAUGUGCAUUGAUCGAGACUACUUUGGAAGAUGGUCAAUGGAUGGUCAUGGAAGAGCAGGUCAAAGGCGCUGCGCCAGAACCUGCGGUCGGAGCAUACAUUGCGGAGAAAAAGACGUUUUUGGGCUUCACGACUAGACGAGGCCGUCUGACCCGAAGAAGAUCUGGACACAAAAAGAGCCCGCUUUCACCUGAUCCACAGCUUACAGGUAGCGUCCGAACCACUCUUGCUCCAGAUCAGCAGGCCAAGAUUCAGCAAGCCGCAGCAGAAUUGUCGAGGAGAAAAGCUGCAGAAGAGAGCAGUCAAAAGGCAGAGCUCGCAGCUCGUCGUGGUCGCCACCAGGACACCGAUUACGCCUCGAAAACAAAUAGCGUCUUUACCCUGGGCCCUCUGAUCAAAGAUGAGGCUUCUCCGGCGCUGCAAUGGGCGAGUCGAUACGACAAGCAGGCAAUCCGAGCCAAGUACUUGGGUGAUUCGAUGGCGGGCAGAGGCUCCCGAGAGCUCCUCAAUCUCCCCUCCAAUGGCCUGGGGGUCACUCGGUCUGCCUCGUCCCUUUCGAAUGUGAGCAGGAACAAGGAUCUCCCAGUGCCGCCCCAAGAAAAUGGCUCGCACCCGGCACUGGAGAAGAGCCGUUCCUCGGAAGCGGUCACCAGGCCGGUCGUGAUCGAAAGUGCCGCUAUGCCUGUGGAGCAAAGUAUCCCCGUGGACGAGACUGCCGCAACAGAAGCAGCUGAAGUUCCUUUGCCCCUUGCCACACCAGACCCGGCAGACCAUAAACAUGUCAAGCAUCAACCAGCAAAAUUGCGCAAAUCGGUAGAUGGGAAGAGAACGUCCCCCGAGCAGAAGAAGCCUCGAGUCAAGGCAACCCCUGGGCCGCCUCCUGUGCAAAAGAGUAGCGGAAUCAGGCGGCUUUUUGGCACAAAGCGAGGAAGAUCGCAAGAGAACAAGCACUUGGAGUCAAGAGCGUCCACGACAGUCCUCCAACAAGAGGACGAAGCAGCCGUAGCUGCUGCGAGACGAGCACUCGAGGGCGAGCCUGCACUGCCGUCAGACGCGCCAACAUCGCCGCCUCUAAGUCCCAAUCAUUUUGACCGGUUCAAGACGGCGAAAGGGAGCACUCCUCAGCCGGCGUCAGUGGACGAGAGAGAAGCGUCACAGGUGACAAAGGCAGAUGACCAAGAAGGUCUGGUUGAGGUCGAAGCUGCUCAGAGUAUUCCGCAUUACGGAGAACUGAGUAGAGAUGCGCCCGAGCCACCACGAACUCGUCGCGAUGAUGAAUACGACCAGCUGUCAAGGGUGGACACCAACGAACGCGAGCAUGCUGAUCGCGAAUUCUCUACAUUCGAUCAAGGCCCGUUGCUGGACCAGCCCGCGUUUGUACCAUCUGAGACACCACCAAGAAGUGAGUUCCUGACGCCGGCGGAAGAGUUUCCACCUCGGCAGACGUCUGCGAGCGUGCAUUCGUACCAGCGAGGAGAGCCUGAGGUGAUUGAGGAAGAGCCGCCCGAGUUUGAGAAGCAGGUGAAUCCGUCAGACCGGUGGGCGCAAAUCCGCAAAAACGCGGCAGAUCGCGCGGCGAGGCAGUCGGAAGAACAGACGACACGAAGUCGCACUGAGACUCGUACUGAUGACGGCGAGACGAGCGGUGAAGAAACCAUCGAGUCGCGCGUAGCACGCAUCAAAGCGCGUGUGGCAGAGUUGACAGGGAACAUGGACGCGGCCAGAAGGUAGCAUAUCUGCCUUGAGGCCGACUUGUAAUUGGUUCACGACGGAGCGACUUGAUAAUUACACCACACCUUGGAUGGCUUCAUCGACAGCAACGAUGACUUUUUUGCUGACCAUUUUAAUUCCCAUUGACCGGGCACAAGAGGCUUCCGAUGGGCUUCCGACGGUCAACAGCGAGGCGUUUCUGCGGAGAUGACGGUUAUCUUUCCUUGUAUUUUGGGACAUUGCUUAUUAUAUUUCAGAGUUGGUUGCUCUGCUCAUGUCUGCUGUACAAGAGAUACCACCUUGAGCGUCACAUACCUUUGCGCGUGCAUUGAUUGAUUGAGCAAGACUUGCAUUGAUGCAUUCAACAGCCACGCCCUCAAAGUAGAAUUCUCUGUCCAGCAAGCAAAUACCGGUUAGCGCAUGCUUGAUUGUUUUUGUGGAGGAAGUGGGCGGAGGGCUUGAGAUGGGGUUCGAUCAGUUCUAGAGAAAGCAAUGUGCGAGACGGGUGAUGCAAAUCAAGACGAUUGAAGACUCUUAAGAGAAGCCAAGAUAUGCGUCUACUAUCGUCCAAGAUAUUGUGGAUGAUACGGUGGUGCAUACGAGUAUGUUGAUGGAGUAAUAAUAAUGAGUUAGAGCCAUGUCUGCUGCUAAGAUAGAGGGUAGCCGCACAGUCAUGAUAAAGCAGCG